CCUUCAAGUUCAAAACGGAUAAAUACCAACCUUUGCGGGAAAACUGGCGCACACAAGAUUUUGAGUAUUUUUGUGCGCACGCACCUUUGAUAAAUGAGGCUCCUGGACAGCAGCGUCUUUGUAAGCCACUGGAAGCCUAUCCAAGCAGCCUCUUACAAAUCACGACCAAUACAUUAGUGAAGGAGGGACUUGGUACUGCUUGUGUUGGUGGCUGCUUUACAGUCAGAGGGACCGGGACUUAGUCUGGUACACUUCACUUUUCCCAGGAUUUGCGUUAGUAGUAGCCUAUCUGAGCGACAACACCAUCUUCUACUACUACACAGAUAAACGACCGGUCAAAUCACCAUGAAGAAUCCUAUGUUCUGGGUUUUGCUGACAGGAAUGACCAUUCUUCUGCUUCAACAAGGUUUGCCUGUCCACAGUCAAGGGGAAUCCCAAACCGAUAGUAAAGUGAUGGACAAUAUUACCGUCAGGCAAGGCGAAAACGUCUUUCUCAGGUGCGCACAAGGGGACAUCGUCACACACACGGCCUGGCUCAACCGGUCGAGUAUACUGUACGCCGGCGAGGAUAAGUGGUCUGUGGAUCCCAGGGUGAGCCUGGUUACACUCAAUCAGGAGGAGUUCACCAUCAAGAUUGAGGACGUGGACAUGACAGAUGAAGGCCCAUACAUCUGCGCGGUGCAGACGAGCAGCAGACCGAGGACGACGUCAGUGCACAUCCUCGUCCAAGUGCCCCCCACAAUCAUCAACUUGUCGAAGGACCUCGUGGUCAACGAAGGCUCGAACGUCACUCUGAUGUGCCAAGCCAGUGGCAAACCAGAACCCUCGCUCACCUGGAAACUUCUCUCUCCCUCCGUUGACUUGGUAUCGGAGGACGAAUACCUGGACAUCCCCAGUAUCUCCAGACAGAGAGCGGGGACAUACGAAUGCACCGCCAUCAACGACAUCGCCACAGACGUCCAGACCGUUGAGAUCACAGUCAACUAUGCCCCCAGUGUGUCAGAGGGCAGAGACGUUGGCGUGACCCUUGGCCAGAGAGGGGUGCUGGAGUGUGAAGUGGAUGCGGUGCCCAAGGCGGACUUUGAGUGGUAUCGAGACGACAGAAGGAUCUUCAAUGGUUUAGAUGGCAUGGAGAUCGAGGACGCCGGGCAGCUCUCCAAGCUGACCUUCUUAAACAUCUCAGAGGCAGACUACGGCAACUACACGUGCAUCGCCAUCAACAAACUCGGCAGCUCCAACGCAAGCUUUGUCCUGUAUGAGGUUAUUGAGCCUACUAGCUCAACACUAGUGCAAGAGGGGUCAACCAAUGUGUUAUUGUUGAGUUCAUCUGUGUUAGAAAAGACAUCCUCUGAAACCUUUGCAUUACCGGCAGGACCCGGAGCAGUGCAGGAUGGGAACAGCGGCUCGAUGGGGACACACGUACACACCUACACCUGUCUACUUCUGGUCAUCCUCCUUCCGUUUCUGCUCAAGUUUUGAUGCAGUGGGCUUUCUGGCAUCCGAGGGCAAGGUUGCAUGUUUUGUGUGUUUUCUCUCACCUGGAACCACAAACGCGAUGCACAGAGUGCAUGGGCUACCCUACUACAUCAUGUCGAACCGCUAAAAAGUAUUAUGUAACAUAUACUUUUUAAAAUUCAUUUUAGUUGAGUUUUAAGGACAUAACAAGUUGCUUUUUUUUGUUUAGUUUCGCCUCCUAUUAUGAUAUGAUUCUUAAAUGUUUAUUCAUGUGGGUCUCAAAAAUAGGCCUGUCCGAUGUGGUUUGUCUGUUAUUUACAUUUAAUUUAUCUCAAUUUCCCCCGACUGACAGUCAUCUUAGCCCCGAGAGUCUUAGCCCCAAGAGUUAAGUGUAUGAGGUGAACUAAACAAACACCUCAAACACAGGCAAGGACCAGAAGGACUGAAAUCCCUCUAGGGCCUAAAAGCCUGUAAUCAUGUUUGUUUCUGCUGUAAUUAUUUUGGAUUCUGAUACAUUGACAAACCACAACCGUUUAAGAAGAAAUGGAAUUUUGACAAAUGUUCUUCUUCCUCUCAUCAUUGUAAAUUGUGAUCUUUUCAGUUGUUUGUGCUAUGCUAUUUUUUGUUUGUUUUUAACACAUAUUGAAAAGGGGUAAAUAAAAUAUAAAAGUUGUAUACAUUUGGGCAAAGACCAUGUUUGUCUUCCCUUAACUUAACUGGCACAAGUCUAUACAAGGUGGUUUGAAGAAUAAUUACUUAACUAGUUAUGAAUGGAAAGGGAGUUUAUUUCCAUUUUUGUGGACAUAUAAACUUCAACUAAUGUAAUCACUUGCAAAGUUUAUUCAUGUCUUUACAGCUGGUGUUACUGACUUGCCUAGUUAAAUAAAGGUAAAAUAUGGAUCACUCUAAGUGCAAAUCCUAACUUCCACUUCAGUCACUUAGUGAUGCAUUGAUGUCAGUGGGAGACUAAGUGAAAAUUGGACUGAAGUGGAAGUUAGGAUCCACCUCUGAAGGUUCUCAGCUGUUAAUAUCAGUAUUUUUGUAUGGUCAUUGUUUUGAGUUUGUUCCAAAAUACUGUCUCAUAACCAAUAAGUAUGAACUGUUUGGUUGUGUUGAACUGGUAUGUUUUGACUGGAAAUUCAAAUAGAUUGCUUAUAUUGUCUCCCAAUAGAGUGCAGAUACAUUAAAAUAUUAUCAUACAGUGUGGUAUACCGAGUUAAAUAAUCAGGGUGGAGUUUGGAUUGAUUUGAAAUCGGGUAUGUCUUCUAGUCGACGUCUCUGUGACACUCAGGACCUACAAUAAAACGUUUUAUAACCAUCCA